GUGUGUGUGUGUGUGUGUGUGUGUGUGUGUGUGUCACGGGCAGGGUGCGCGGUGGAGGGGGUUUGGCGACAGAUGCCUUUGCAGCAGAGCACGAAGGAUGUGCGCGUCCUAUUGCGGCUGAAAUGCGGAUGGAAUUGUUUUUCAUCAGCGACUUAGCAACAUGUAAACUGUCCCGUUUCAAUUCCUGUGGAGCGGAGAGUGAAGUUUGCGCUGAAGACGCCGACUUGUCCAUCUUUAACGCAGUGCCGCUGCAGUUGCCGUAGGAAAUCUUUAACUAGUUUUAAAUGGGAUGGAUGGGAGAGGAUCCCUGUCGAGCCCCAAUGCUGCACCUCUCCUGCAGGACGGGUUUACCCGAGAGAAGGAACGCAAUGGGCUCAUCACAGUCAGUGCUUUUUGUGGUUGAGAGAGCUGGGACGUUUUGCUGAGGAUAAUCAAUCACAUCGCUGAUAACGAUGGAAAGUGGAGUUUUUCUGCCCUAUCUGGAGCAGUUUAUGCUGAGCCCGCUCGUCACUUGGGUGAAGACAUUUGUGGCAAAUGAUGCGGGCAUGCAGUUGGACUUUUCGGAAUUACUGGAUGGAGUCUUUUUGAAUGACAUUAUGACCCAAAUAAAUCCCUCUGCUACACCUCAGGGUGUCAACAAGGUGAAAAGCGAUCCAAGUCAGAGGAUCCACAACCUGAGCCUCCUUGUCCGUCAAAUCAAGACAUAUUACCUGGAUAAUCUGAGGCAGUUGAUCAUGAUUCCCCUGCCCAACGUGUUGCUGCUUGGCAAGACUCCUUACUGUGAACAAAGCCUGGAGGAAAUGAGGAAGCUUUUGCUGAUGCUGUUGGGAUGUGCUGUCCAGUGUGAAAAAAAAGAGGAGUACAUCGAGAGGAUCCAGACGCUUGACUUCGAUACAAAGGCAGCCAUAGCUGUACAUAUUCAGGAGUUGACCCAUAGUCAGGACAACAUGCUGGACCUGCAGUGGUUAGAGGCCAGUGAGCUGCAUCCAGAUGAACUGGAGGUCAUGGCCAGGAACAUGGCCCUGCACCUCAGACGCCUCCUGGACCAGAGGGACACUCAGCUGGAGACUAUAACAGAGCUAAUGCAGGAAAGAGAGGGUGUAGUUAGCCCACUCAGCAGCCCAUCCAGCCCCCACUCCGCCAGCUACUGUCCCAGCAUGCAGCAGCAGCAGGCGGGGGCCCAACAGCACCUGGCAGUGGAGCUAGCUGACUCCAAGGCUAAGAUCAGACGCCUCAGACAAGAGCUAGAGGAGAAGAGUGAGCAGAUACUGGACUGCAGACAUGAGCUGGAGAACAUGGAGUCAGAGCUGAAAAGGAUCCAGCAGGAGAACUCCCAGCUGCUGGUGGACGCCCGUGCUGCCCGCACCUACCGCGACGAGCUGGACGCCCUGAGAGAGAGAGCCAUCAAGGCAGACAAGCUGGAGAGUGAAGUGGGACGCUACAGGGAGAAACUGCACAAGAUGGAGUUUUUUAAAGCCAAAGUGGAGGAGCUAAAGGAGGAUAAUCGGGUGCUACAGGAGACCAAGGAGGUGCUGGAGGAUCAGGUGGCAGGCUGGAGGGCGCGCUCUGAUAAAAUCCACCAGCUAGAGAAGCAGAGCCUGCUGCUUAAAGCCCGGGUCCAUGAAAUGGAGCAGGAGAAGGAGGCAGAUCGGAGGCGCAUAGAGGAGCUGCAAGAGGAGAAUCUGGUCCUGUGUCUGGCCCAGAGGAGGAGCAUGGAGGAGUCCCAACACCUGGGCUGGGAGUUAGAGCAGCUCUCCAAGACCACAGAGAACUCUCAGGGCCAGCAGACCCUGAGUGAGGAGGUGAGUGAGAGGACUCGCAGCCGGAUGCUCAAGCUGGAGAAGGAGAAUCAAAGCCUGCUGAGGAUAAUUGAGGAGCUCAGAGCCGCCUCUGUUAACAACAGCCCACAGCACAUCCAUAACCACCACCAAGAACACAACCACGUCUGCCAGGGGAUCUGUGGCCCCAAUAGCUGUACCUCAUCAGCGGAACAACCCGGGGGUGUCCAAAACUCCCACUCCGAUUUAGAGAACAGCGCCAAUGCUUUGCUGUCCAAUACAGUAACGCAGGAAAUUAUCAGUGGAGAUUCAAAAUGCUAUCAGGGAUCCCAUGUAGAGGAGUUGGAAGGAGUCGAGUGUGAGACUGUCUCAGACCUUCAUGAUCAGGAGAAGGGACAGCUAGAGGAUGGGAGUGUGGAGCAUUUGAAAGAACUGAUGUCCGAUCUGGAAGUAUUACAGAACAGUCAUAAUAGGCUGCGUUGCGUUGUCGGAUCUCGUGAUCACUCCCCUGGCUCGAAGAGCAGCAGCCCCUACCGUGACAGCAUCAUCACAGGUCUGCCAACCCGCUCCUCCUACGCCAGCAAGCACACGGAGCGACUGGAGGCCAAAUGCAGGGCCUUGGACACAGAGAAUCAACGCCUACAGGCUUCCCUUGAUAAUACAGAUCGAAAGCUCCAGCGCCUCGAGGCAGAGGUUCAGGAGCUGGAGGCUGAGAACCAGAGUCUUCAGGCCAGCCUGGAGGAACUUCGCAUCUCAUCACGACGCUUGGAGCAGCUGGAAGUAGAGAAGCAGAGCCUUGAGCAGGAGAGCUCAACUCUGGAAAGGGACAAGAGGCAGCUAGAGAAAGAGAAUCGACGACUUCGCCAGCAGGCUGAAAUCCAGGAGGCCACCUUGGACAGCAGCAAUGUCCAUACUGCCACCCUGGAAAGGGAGAUUCGCUUUUUAGGAAAGGAGGUGGAGGGGUUGAGGGAGACAGCCGAGAGGGUCAAAGUCCUGGAGAGAGAAAACAGGGAACUGACCAAGCAAGGUGCCAUUGACCAGAGGACCCUGUCCACCCUGAGAGAGGAGCUGGUGAAUGAGAAGCUGCGGAGCCAGCAGAGAGACAAUGAACUUGAGAGGCUGGCCCAUGAGCAGGAGAUGAGGGUCUUAAACCAGGACAGCGCAAAGCAGGCUGACCAGGACGCAGCGGACAACAGCAGGUUCAGGAUGCUGGAGUCAGAGUUGGAGAUGUCUCUGAAGAGGUCGCUCCAGAUCAAAGAGGACAAGAUGGCCGCCCUAGAGGCUCGUCUGCAGGAGUCGUCUGCCCUGAACCAGCAGCUGCGUCAGGAGCUCAAGACUGUAAAGCUGAACUAUGAGGCUUUGCAGCAGAGAGAGGAGGAGGAGCGGGUAGCAUCAAGCCCCACCCCUCCUAGAGAGACAGGCAAGGCAGUGAGCGAAUGGCUGCGUGAGAGCCAGCAGGCCACCAAGGAGCUGCUGAAGGUCAAGGACCGCCUCAUUGAAGUGGAGAGGAAUAAUGCCACGCUCGAGGCCGAGCGGCAGGCUCUGCAGGUCCAGCUGAAGCAGCUGGAGAGCCAGUCUGACAGCCAGCAGGCUCAGAUCCUUGCCCUGCAGAGACAGACUGCAUCACUACAGGAGAACAACACCACCCUGCAGACACACAAUGCUAACCUACAGGUGGAGAAAUCCACUCUGAACUCCCAGAGUGCUUCUCUCCUGGCCCAGAAUGCUCAGCUGCAGCGCCAGCAGUCCGGGACAGAGAGCGAGCGGGACAGCGCUGUACAGGAUCGUGAGGAGCUGCGUUCUGUCCAUGAGCAGCUGCUGCGCGACCAUGAGCGCCUGGCGGCACUGCAUGAGCGGCAGGCCAUGGAGUAUGAAGCGCUGAUGGGCAAGCAUGGCUGUUUGAAGAACGCCCACCGCACACUGGAGCUGGAGCACCGCACCCUGCAGGACAGGUACAACACUCUGCUGCAGCAGCGGACCAAGCUGGAAGACCUGGAGAAAGCCCUGAAGGAGGAGCAGGAGAAGAUGGCUCUGGAGAAAGAGCAGCACAGGAAAACCACCGCUGAGUGCCACCGGCUCCGAGAUGAGAAGGACUGGCUAAACCAGACGUACCGCCAGCUUCUGAAGGACAACGAGGAGCUGUCGGCUGAUCACAAGCAGCUCAAGAGCCAGUUGAACGAGGCCAAGCUGGAGCACACCUGGCUGGAGGCCGACUUCUCCAAGCUGAAGAAGGAGUAUCAGCAGCUGGAUAUCACCUCCACAAAGCUCACAAACCAGUGUGAGCUGCUGGGCCAGUUAAAGGGCAACCUGGAGGAGGAGAACCGCCACCUGCUCAGCCAGAUUCAGACCCUGAUGCUGCAGAACCGAACCCUGCUGGAGCAGACGAUGGAGAGCAAGGAUCUGUUUCACGUUGAGCAGAGACAGUACAUUGACAAGCUGAAUGAGCUGAGGAGGCAGAAAGAAAAGCUAGAGGAAAAGAUCAUGGACCAGUACAAGUUCUACGACCCCUCACCUCCUCGCAAGCGUGGGAACUGGAUCACUCUGAAACUGAAGAAGUUGAUGAAAUCCAGUAGCCGCGAGCAGGGACUCGAACGCUCCCUGCAGUCCCCAACACCUACACACUCGGGCUCCUGUGAUGGCAUCGGAGGGCCAAUACAGGGCCAGGACAACAGCUCUUUCAUCAGUUCAGAUGGCUCUGGAGGCUCAGCCGCCGCCUCAGCAGCUGAUACCCUCUCUCCCCGCCGUCACAGCACCCUGGGCGACUUGGCAUACCCCUCAGCCCCGUCCAAGAAGCGGCAGUGGCCAGGCAGCUCAGAGCAGCUGGAAGUGUCAGAGUUUGAUGUGGAUGAGGACAGGAAGGACACACUUGUGUCAUCCCUUCUUACCUCCUCCAUCUUGACCAUCCUCCACCAUCAUCACACCUCUCCGUCAUCCGGCCAUCUCCACACCACCGCAACCACUGACACCACCGACACUGUUCCAGACAUUUCUGAGCUAUGGGUGACAGAUAAGGAUUCCAAUGAUAGCGCUGUGCCAUCUGGUUUAGAGGACAACGACGAGCUGCAGCAUCACGGGUUGAAUGGCGUCCCAAGUCGCGCCCAGAGUGAGAGCAGCGGUGAGUUCAGCCUCAGCCUGGAUAAUGAGCCCUGGUCAAACGGCAGUAGCCCGGUCCAGCAGCCCCCAUCACGCCGCUGCUCCUCCUCUUACCAGCCUCCCAGUGACACCUCCACCCCACGACACACACAGCAGCAGCAGCAUUCCACCACUACGCACACCACAAAGGACACAGUCUCCACCAAGGCCUCCACCAUCCCCAUCGCAAACGCACAGACUUUAAAUCUACGAUCCACACCAAAACAGAAAGAUGCAGGGCUCACACAGGACCUCUGGCCCAUUAGAGGCACAAAAAGCAUUAGGAGGGGUUCCAACAACAAAACUGCCCGUCGCUCAUCAGAUUCUGGGGGUGCUCUCAAACUGCCCCAGGGGCUCAAUGGGGUGAAUUCAGAAGCAGGCUCUAGCAAAGCUGAACCCACCCGAUCCUCAGCUUGUUCCCCAAUCACAGUGCUGUACGUUCAGGGUAAGUCCUCCUCAGUGUCCGGCUGCCUCAACUGCUUCUCUACCCCUCUGGGGAAAGAGGGGCGACUGAGGGGGCCAAGGUCCCCCAAAUCUCUCCCCCGAGCCAGCAGUGUCAUUUCCACAGCAGAGGGCUCCUCCCGGCGUUCCAGUGUCAACAGUGACUGCAGGGUGGCAGCCAAGAGUGAGCCACCUGACCAGGUCUCAGAACAGAGUAGCAAUCAGGAGGAAACAGCCAAUCAGAAUGAGCAACAAGACCCAGAGAUCAAUAAUAGUGAGCCUGAUCCUAUUCCUCCAGUCAAACCUCCCAGAGACCCAGCAGUGGCUGCUACCACAGACCACACCAAAUCCACUGUUGAGGAAACACUUUUUGGCUCUUCAUUUACUUUCAACUCUGUGUUCUCCAACACAAUCUUUAGCGAUUCUGUGGUCACCACCACAACCAGCCUGGAAGAGGGCGACAAGACUUUCCUGUGCUUGAAUCCGUCUCUGGUGCAAAACAUCAGCUGUCCACCUCUGAAGCACGAGCCCACUUACGGCACAGCACAAACAUUGCUCAACAUGGAAAGUGAGCAGAGCCAGAAUGGAGGACAUUGCUGCGAAGCUGACAGGGAAGCAACUGGACUGGAGGAGGAGGACAAGCAGUUUGCAAUUGCAUGAGUGCAGUCACAUUGCAGUAUUGUUGUGUAAUGUAAAUAGUACAGUUAGGUGCAAGGCCAGCUGUUUUGUCACACCAACAGAAGCAUACAACUUCAUUUAAGUCACUCAACACUUAUUAUCUGUGUAUUUUGCAAUGGACAUCCUAAUUAUACAACAGUACUUCAAAGGUGCUUUUGAAAACAAAACAAAACAGAUGUUUAAAUGACUCUAUUUUUUCCCUCACUGCUCCAACAGCACCUGUUAUUAUAACAUAGCUCUUUCAGAUUAUCAGUAAGACUGAAAAAUAAUUAAGUUAUUCACCGUAUCAUCUUUCUUUUUUCGAUUUUUGCACAAGUUCUGCAUACUGUAACUUAAUGACCUAUGGAUAGAAAACUUUUUUAAUAAAUCUUUGCCACACAAUAAAUGGAUUUUUGUGACCCAAGUUAGCAUGUUUGCCUAAAGCACAUAGACAAUCCAUUGUUGGUUAUACUUGUGUUUGCCAAAACCUUUUUUAGCAUUGUGUACGCUUUCUGUUUUCUAUUUAUGUGUUGACGCCGGAACAAUAUUUGUUUCUCUUAACUUAUAUUGUGAAUUCCGCGUUUUCCUAGAUGUGUAGUCCUAGGCUUUGCGUUGUCUCUUUAAAUUUUAAUGUAGGCUUGGGGGACAAAGAAUGGUCGUCUUAUGUUGGCAAAUGUGUACAUCUUGUAAGACAGAAUGCGUACCUGAAUGUUAUUUUCCCGUGAAUAAAGACGCCCUUUAUCAAA